CAACUUGUAUCAACGUAGAAGGGAUGCAGGUUAUGUUCUAAAUAGAUCUGAAUUUUCUUCAAUUUAUUGAAAAGUCGUAUCUCACACAAGAAAGACGUUGGACGAUGUGAACGUUUGAUCACACUUGUUUAAUUCACAAAAUGGAUCGCCGGUUUUGCAUGAGUAUCCGGUAACCGCAUGAAUAUCCGUCUUCCGGCUCCGCAGAGAGGUUAGCCGACUACCAAAAAUGGCUGUGGAAUUUUUGAUAAAUCGGCUGAAAGCCCUGCUCGUAUUACUUUUCGGCAUAUUUAAACGUGCCAUGUGUUGUCUUCGACGUCGAAGAAAAUCGUCCUGUGACUCGAUACCCUUGUCCACAGUCGGAGUGGUACCGAACGUUUUAACCAAUUCAACGGAAUUAGAACAAUGGGAUAAAUGGGAGGAAAAUCCAGUUGUUGUUAUACCGGACAAACCAGUCAACCCAGUACAAGCAAAAAUAGAACAGUAUCGACAACAAGUGGUCAAACCUCCUGAAUCACCAGCUGAAGAACAACUUAAUUUUUUUGAGAAUAUGACACCGAAGAUCACUAGACAAACAAAGAUUCUAAUAAAAGAUAAUCAUAUGGACAAUUCAUCUAGUAAUGCUACAAAAUUCUCAGCUAUGGAUCCUAUUCCAACUAAUGAAUUAGAAGAAUGGGAAGAAAAUACAGCCGCCUGGGAAGUAGAUGCUAUAGAGGAGUUUAAUGAUCCUACCAAAGCACUAAGAGAACAAAGAAGGAGAGAGAGAGAACAACGAUUAAUAGAGCAACAUCAGAAAAGGCUGGAACGUAUGACAAAACCACAAUCUUUGGGCGCAAAAGUGUAUUCCUGAUGUGAAACUACAAAUAUACGGGGAUUAAUAUCAAAAUACACAAUAAUGUACAAUCUAACUGGGAUACAUACCGAAUAUUUUGAAUAUAGAAGUUGGUUUAUUCACAUCAAUUCUCUACUGUCCAAUAUAACUUUUGAGUCAUAUAUUAAAUUUAGUAGUAGAAUUAAUUUUGUUUUAUUUCUUUUUCAUGUUUCUUUACAUUUGUCAACUAUAUGAAAUGGAAUGGGUAUAAAAUCUCUGUAAAUUUUGUGUUUUUUUGUAUCAUCUUUAGGUUUUGUAUUUUCCAAAAUAUUAUUUUAUUUAAACUAUUUCUAUUUAUAUUAAAUAUUUUUAAAUCUAUAAAAAUAAUUUGGACAAUAGAAGGUUGAAUGUCAUAAGAGUGUCUACAAUCUACAUUUAUUUCAAAUAGAAUGAUAAAACUGCAUUAAUAUACUGCAUUAAGGUACUUCAAUGUUAUAAUCUUUUGACUAUAUUUUGGAAAUUAGUAUAUUAUGUUGUCGCUUUAUUUGAGCAUAUAAAUGUUUCCGAACAGAGUAUUUAAAUAUGUAUCAGCCUCCUUAGCGUUUUUUGAAUAUUAGCGGAAAGAUAAUAUAUUCAUAUGUCUAUUCUCUUCUAAAAAAAUAAUAGUAUUUGUAACAUUCCAUGUGAAUUUUGUAUAAUAUUUCGAGUAUAAUGUAUCUUAGCUUUUACAUAAGACAGGAUAACUGUUUUGUAAGUUUAUAAUAAGUCGAUGUAUCAACUAAGUGGAAAAUUGAUAUUUAUCAAAAAUGUUUCUACAGUCCUUAAAAAUCUAUAAUUUUCAUAUUUACAGGUUUGCUAAAGGCUGAUUUUCUUAAGAGAGAGAUGUUAUAAUAUUUUAAUUUGUUGGACUUGUUUUCAUGUUUAUGUUAUUUAUGUGCAAUUGCCAAGAAAAUUGUAGUAAAUGUAGAUUUUAAAACAUUUCAUAAUAAAAAAUAUGACUAUGUUUUAAUUUUAAAA